AAAUGGAACAAAGAAACGUUUGACUAUCUACUAAGUUGCCUCAGCUCUCCAGAUUCAGUGAAAAUGGGAAUCUUCCUUCAGUCUGGCUACAAUCUGUGCACUGAACCCCUGCCAGACCCCUCAUUUAAAGAUGCGGUGUUGGGUUUUCGCCAGCUGACUAAACGUGAACUAGACAUGUUCCCGGGAUACAGUUUUGGUUGGUUUAACACCGCUCUCAUGAUUGAAGGAAAGACAUACCUGCCCUGGCUUAUGGACUGGUUAAGACAAAGAAAGGUCAAGUUUUAUCAGAGGAAGAUUGGUUCAUUUAAAGAGUUGGCAGAUAGUGGUGCUGAUGUUAUCAUCAACUGCUCCGGUGUCCGAUCAAGAGACCUCCAGCCUGAUCCUGAGCUCCAGCCAGCCAGAGGACAGAUCAUUAAGGUAGACGCUCCCUGGUUGAAACACUGGAUCCUCACACAUGAUUCCUCAUCAGGAGUCUAUAACUCACCGUACAUCAUUCCUGGGAGUCGUUUAGUCACUGUGGGUGGAGUUUUCCAAGUAGGAAACUGGAAUCUGCAGAAUAGUUCUGUGGACCAUAAAGGAAUCUGGGAAGCCGCCUGCAAACUUGAGCCCAGUCUACAGCAUGCGCGGAUAGUAGAGGACUGGACUGGUCUCAGGCCCGCACGCAGCAAAGUUAGACUGGAGAGAGAGACCAUACGAUCUGAACCAACCUCGUUUGAGGUCAUUCAUAACUACGGACAUGGUGGUUUUGGACUGACCAUCCAUCGUGGAUGUGCUGAGGAAGCUGCUCGUCUCUUUGGACAGAUCCUGGAGCAGAAAGGCGUGCUAGCAUACUCUAAAUCACGUCUCUAAUAGAUCUAUGCCUC